AUGGGAGGGCGGAAGGCGCGGCACCGGAUGCACGUGGGCGCGCUAGCGGCGCUCGCCGCCGCCUGCUUCGCGCUCGCCGCCGUCACAAGCAUUCCAGGCGUGGCACGGCACUUAUCCCUCCUCUCCACCCACCGCCCCUCCUCCUCCCCCUCUGUCCCCCUCUCCUCCUUUCCCCUUGCAUCCUCCGCGCCUCCCCGCCAUUUGCUGCUGCGGCGGACCGACACCAUCGUGAGCGUCACUGACGGGGAGGGGGAGCUGCGCGGCGGAGGGGGGCAGGGGGAGCAAGGGGGGAACGGGAGACACGCGGAGCAGGGGGAGCAGGGUGAGGGGUUGCAGAGAGAGGGGGUGGCGGCGGAGCCUCGUGCGCCUGAGGAGGAGGAGCGAUGCGAGGAGGCGUAUGGCUGGCUGCCGUGCAGCACGUCAGUGGGGGGAAACGCGUUCCUCAUGGUGGCUUAUGGCUACAUCAUCCUCGUCGCCGCCAGACUCAUUUCCGACGGCUCCGAGCUGCUGCUGCAGGUGCUGGACCCAGGUCUUAUUGGGGGGCUGUUCCUGCCCAUGCUGGGAGCCAUGCCAGACACCGUGCUCAUUCUGGUGUCCGGGCUGGGCGGCAGCAAGGAGCAGGCGCAGGAGGAGGUGCUGGUGGGCAUGGGCGUGCUGGCGGGCAGCACCGUCAUGAUCCUCACCGUCGCCUGGGGGGGCUCCCUGCUCUGCGGCCGCUGUGACCUGGAGGAGAAGCAGAGGAGCGACGGGAGUGUUGAUUUGGUCGCCAGGGACAAGACGCUCACCCGCCCCUGGGACGUGAAAGGCACAGGGGUGACAACGGACGAGCAGACGCGCCUUGGAGCGUGGAUCAUGAUGGCCACUGUCAUACCCUUUGUCAUCAUGCAGGUGCCGUUCAUGGACGGGGGGCAGUACCCCGAGUACCAGGCGCGCAUCACGCCGCUGCUGGGGCUGCUGCUCUCCACCGCCGGCCUCGUUGCAUAUUGCGCCUACCAGGUGCUGUCCCCCUGGCUGCAGUCGUCCAAGAUCCACUACGCGCGCAUGCACCUGAUGCGAGCGCGCGCGCUGCACUACCUGCACGACCUGGCGCUGCAGAACACGUGGGGCGGGCUGCUGCUGCCCGACGGCACGCCCAACCGCGAGACCAUCCACCGCGUGUUCCGGCACUUUGACGAGGACGGCAACGGCACGCUCUCCCGCAGCGAGCUCAAGGGACUCGUGCUGGGCCUGGGGAUUCGCAGCCAGGCACCAGGAGACGUGCCGGCAGACGAUGAGGUGGCAGCAUGGAUGCGCGACUUUGACGCCAACUCCGAUGGCGAGAUUGGCCAUGAGGAGUUCAUGUCAGGCAUGCUGCGGUGGAUCACCCACCACUCCUCACCCUCCCAUCGCCCCUCCACCAUGUCCCUCCUCCGAGGCGCCAGUGCGGACAACAAGUUUUGGGAGGGGCAGCUGGCAAACGCUAAGGGGCAGCUGGAGGGGCUGGAGCAGGAGCUGGAGGAGGAGGUGGAGGACAAGGAGGAGGAGGAGGUCAAAACGCCUGCUCAGAUCUACCGCGAGGCCAUAAUGCUGAUAGCAGGAGGGGCAGUGCUGGUGGGAUGCUUUGCAGACCCUGUGAUUGGCUCCAUCACUGCCUUCUCCAGGGCGUCGCACAUCCCGGCGUUCUUUGUGGCGUUUGUGGUGACGCCGCUGGCAUCCAACGCGAGUGAGCUCGUGUCCUCGCUCUACUUCGCCAUGAAGAAGCGUCGCCGCACCGCCUCGCUCACCUACUCGCAGGUCUACGGCGCCAUCACCAUGAACAACACCAUGUGUCUGGGCACAUUCCUGGCGUUGAUCUAUUUCCGCGGCCUAGCGUGGCAGUUCAGUAGCGAGGUUGUCAUUAUCCUGCUCAACACCUUUGUGGUCGGCCUCCUGGGCGGCAGCCGCCACACCUUCCCCACCUGGAUGGCGUUCCCUGUCCUCUUGCUCUACCCUGUGUCGCUUGCCAUUGUGGCUUGUCUUGACAUGUACCUGGGAUGGCAGUGA